CCCAAAUCAAAACCAACAACAAUCAAAUUUUGCACCUUUUCCCACUUGGGCUACUCGGAACAAGUCCAGAUUUUGGCAAAUACUCACCAAAUACCUGAAAAACUUUGGCAAUGUCUUCACUUUGCUUGCUGUUUUUGCUCCUGGCAUUCUUCACAGACCUCGGAGCAGCCCAAGAUCAGUGCAAGCAAAUAAGGUGCGGGAAAAACGGCCCGGCAAUCCGAUUCCCAUUCCGACUCAAGGAUCGCCACCAGGAUCACUGUGGCUUUCGUGGGUUUGAAUUAUCAUGCAGAGGAAAAAGCACAGUUCUGGAGCUACAAACAACACCAGUAAAAUUCUUCGUCAAAAGCAUAGACUAUAAAUCCCAGGUGAUUCAACUUUACGACCCAGAUGAUUGUCUUCUCGGAAAGCUCUUGAAGAUCAACGGCUUAUCGAUUUCUCCUUUCGGGGUUUCCAAUGAUCUGCGUGACUAUGCUCUGUUCAACUGCUCUGUUAUAGACAGACAUAAAUUGCACGGAAGGGGACAAAUCUUCCCCUGCCUGGGCGGUGGCUAUGGCCGCCAAAUUGUGGUCGUUAAUUCUUUGUACGCCAUUGAAGAGGUGCCUUUGACAGGUUGUACAAAGAUGUAUAACAUUUCGUCUGUUGGGUAUGUUUUGUAUGACAUUGAUAGAAAGCAUCUUUAUUUGAAUUGGACGAGACCGAAUUGUAGUCGUUGCGAAGAGAUGGGAAAUGGGUGUCGUGUGAAAAUUAAUGGCACCAGAGAUGAAACUGAGUGUUUUAUGUAUCCCAAAUCAAGUAAAGGUAAAACGACUAAAAUCGUGGCCACCGGUGUAACCCUUGGUACAGCUGUUCUCACAUUACUGCUUGUGGUAACUUAUCGCUCAUACAGUUCUAAUAAACAGGAAAAAGAGAAUCAACGGAGAAUAGAAAGAUUUUUGGAGGAUUACAAGGCUCUAAAGCCAAGCAGAUAUUCAUAUGCUGAUAUUAAGCAUAUUACAAGUCAGUUCAAAGAUAAGCUGGGGGAAGGAGCCUUUGGAACCGUGUUUAAAGGAAAGCUCUCCAAUGACUUUUUUGUUGCAGUGAAGAUUCUCAACAACUCAAAGGAAAAUGGGGAAGACUUUAUAAAUGAAGUGGGAACCAUUGGUCGAAUUCACCAUGUCAAUGUGGUUCGAUUAGUCGGCUAUUGUGCUGACGGAUUUAGACGAGCUCUUGUCUAUGAGUUCUUACCAAAUGGUUCUUUGCAACGGUACAUAUCUUCGCCUGACACUGAUCAUUUCCUUGGUUGGAAGAAUCUGCAAGAUAUUGCUUUAGGCAUAGCCAAAGGGAUUGAAUAUCUUCACCAAGGAUGUGAUCAACGAAUCCUCCAUUUUGAUAUCAAACCUCACAAUGUUUUGUUGGAUCACAAUUUCACUCCAAAAGUUUCUGAUUUUGGUUUGGCCAAGUUGUGUACCAAGGAUCAAAGCAUAGUGUCAAUGACUACAGCUAGAGGCACCAUGGGGUACAUUGCACCUGAAGUUUUCUCUAGAAACUUCGGAAAUGUGUCCUAUAAGUCAGAUGUUUAUAGUUUCGGAAUGUUGUUACUUGAAAUGGUCGGAGGAAGGAAGAUUACAGACGUGACAGAGGAUAACACAAGCCAAGUUUACUAUCCCGAAUGGAUCUAUAAUCUUCUAGAAGAAGGAGAAGAUCUAAGAAUUCAUAUUGGGGAAGAAGGAGAUUGUGUGAUCGCAAAGAAACUCGCAAUUGUAGGACUGUGGUGCAUCAAAUGGCACCCGGUGGAUCGCCCUUCCAUGAAGGUUGUGGUUCAUAUGCUCGAAGGAGGAGAAAAGUUAAGCAUGCCCCCUAAUCCUUUCGCAUCUGCGGGUCCAACAAAAACAAUUGCCACUUUGCCUGGAAGACGUAUGAAGAUAGAGUUGGAAGCUAUAGCUGAACUAGAUUGAGUAUAAGAUUAGUGCCUUUUUUUUUAAUUUUUUUCUUUUUUUACCAUCCGUUGUGGAUAUAAAUAUUUUGAUCACACCAGCUUUAUAGUUUAUAGUAGAAGCUUAGAACUAAGAAGUGCAAUUGUAAAUCAAAGGCAGAUAUUUGUACCUGAAUGUGGGAUA